AUUAAAUUAUUACAACCUUUAAAUAAUCUUUAAAAAUAAAAAAACAGUCAUCUUUCCGUUUGCCGUGCGAAAUGGCUACCGCUAAUUGAACUACGCAGUAUUCUCGGGUGACUAAACCCACUCUUAAAUACAAUUCUGAAAACGCAAAAUUUGGUUAUGUAAAUUAUUUUAAUAUUAUUCUAUACAAUUUCUAAUUAUUUUCUAAUAUUUCAUUUUACGACUCAUCGAUUGAUGGAUGUUUGUCUAACAUGCCCUUUUUAUUCACAGCCGUGCCCACACUGACUCGUCCCAGAUAUCCACAUAAGCCCCCCAGUGUUUAAAAACGUAUGCAAAGCAUCCCAAAAGUGUUUCAAGUCAAACACAAAGUUCCCUUUUCCAAAGUGCCCAACUAGAAAAUUAGCUUUUCCUAGUUGGCCCCACUUUCACGUCCCACAAACCCCAAUAGUCCCCUCUGAAAGGUUAGGGAAUUUAUUUUCUUUAUGGUUUUCAGUGCAAAAUGUGAAGAAAACCUGUCACAGCCAGAAGAUGGAGAACUGGAGGAGGGUGAGCUGGAAGAUGAUGGGGGAGAUGUAGAGGAGGAAGAAGUGGUUGGAGCUGUGUCCACAGCAGCGGGGCAAGGUGGAGACGGUUGUGAUGAAGCAGGUGGAGGAGGUGAAGCAGGAGGAGAAGGAGCAACGGAAAGGCCCCGGCAAAGCAGGGAGCGCCAUGCCAGCAGCGACUCAGAUGAUGAAAGAUCCCACCGUCGCAAGAGGAAACGGAAGAAAGAAAGGGAGCGGGAAAGGGAAAAGAGGAGGUCGAAGAAGAAACGCAGAUCAAAACAUAAACGCCAUGCAUCCUCUGAUGAUGAUCACUCAGACUACAGUGAUGAAUCUGACUACAGUCCUAGUGAGAAGAGGAAGUAUAGAGAAUACAGUCCACAGUACCCCCCUUCUUCUCAUGGGGGCUACAGCGGUUCAAAGAAAGGUGGGUACAUGAAGAUGGAUAAACAGGGCUAUGGAGGCUACAAUGAUUAUGAUGAGGACAACUAUGAAGGUGAGGAAGACGAAGACAUGGGGGAUGACGACUAUGACGACUUCACAAAGGAGCUUAACCAGUACCGCAAGGCCAAGGAAGGAGGAGGUGGCCGCGGUGGACGAGGGGGCAGAGGUCGCAUGAAGAGCCUGAGAGGCCGUGGAGGAAUGAGGGGAGGGAGGAGGGGAAGAGGAGGAGGCAGGGGACGAGGAGGCCGAAUUGGAGGGGGAAAGAUGGGUGGGGACAACGAUGAUGGAGAUGGCUACGGAGAUGACAUGGAGUACGGAGAUGAUGACUAUGACAACAUGGGGGAUGAUGACUACGAUGACUACUCAAAAGAACUGAAUCAGUACAAAAAGUCCAAAGACAGAGGCAGAGGGGGUAAAGGAGGCCGGGGGCGAGGCAGAGGCAAAGGAGGACGGGGUAUGAUCAGAGGAGGAAAAGGUCGAAACAGAGGCAGAGGAAGAGGCGAUAUGGGGAAUGAUAACGACAACAACGGAGACAUAGACAACGGGGAUGGAGGUGGAGGUGAUGGACCUGGAGUAGGGAGGAGGAAUCAGAAUGAAAAGCACCAGGAUAAGAAAGGAAAGGCCAUUUGCAAGUACUACAUCGAGGGGAGAUGCACUUGGGGGGACCACUGCAACUUUAGCCACGACAUCGAGCUACCGAAGAAGAAGGAGCUGUGCAAAUUCUACAUCACUGGAUUCUGUGCCAGGGCUGACCAUUGCCCUUACAUGCAUGGUGAAUUUCCUUGUAAGCUGUUCCACACCACAGGGAAUUGUGUAAAUGGAGAUGAGUGUAUGUUCUCUCAUGAAGACCUCAAUGACGACACUCGGGAGCUGCUCAACAAGAUGCUUGCAGAGGAUGCAGAGGCGGGAGCUGAGGAUGAGAAGGAAGUAGAAGAAUUGAAGAAGCAGGGGAUCAACCCUCUUCCUAAACCCCCACCUGGAGUUGGCCUCCUCCCUACUCCUCCUCGGCCUGUUCCGAUGGACACCAACACAGGGCCUGGAGAUUUUGGUGGGCCACCAGUUAGUGACUUUGGGGGUCUUCCUGGACCUAAUCAGGUUCCUAUUGUGGGCAAAGGUCCUUCAGUUCCAGUGCCUGUCCCUGGGCCUAACCUCAAUGUGGGUCCACCUCUCCACUGUCCCGAUGGAAGUCCCUUCCAAGGAGGGCCACCCCCAAAUCCCAGUGGCCCCCCUCCUCACAUGGGUCCCCCACCACCAGGUGGUGGAGGUGGAGGCUGCAAGAAGAUUCCUUCAUUGUUUGAGAUUAAAGUCCAGCCAACAGGGCAGCUGGCUCAGAAGCUAGCUGUUAGAAGCCAGACCCCCAGUGGCAACCAGGCUCAAACUGCAGCUCCUGGACCCCAAGGGCCCCCGGGUGCCAUCCCAACCCGCUUUCCUGCCCCUCCAGGCAUGAUGUCCCCUGAUAUGCAGAACAUGGGCCCCAAUCUUGGCAUGAACCAGGGACCCCCCAGCAUGGGGCCUGGUGGGCCACCCAUGAUGGGAGGAUUUGGGUCAGGUGAUGGUCCUCCACAUGGAGGUGCAAUCCCCCCAGGUCCUUCUCAGGGUGGAGGAAACUUCUUCAACAACUUCUUCGGUCAGCAGGAGGGUAUGAAGAUGGAGGGAGUGGUGCAAGAAGGUGACAACUACCAGGGUUUUACUGACAUGGAUGACAGAGGAGGGACAGGAAAAUUUAUCAGUCAGUCAAGUAGCCAGGAAGGCUCUGCUAAUGGAGCCUCAGCCAAUCAGGGCGGGAUCUCUGUACCUGAUUUUCUGCCUCCAGCACAACGAGUCCUAUUUAUGAGAAUCCAGCAGAAGCAGCAGGAGGAAGAGGAAAGAGCUCGCAGGAUGGCAGAGGGAGGAGGCGAGAAGAGUAAAGAUGCUGAAGGUGACUCAGGGAACUGGUACUCCAGCGAGGAUGAGGACGGCGGUGGGAGCGUGACUUCCAUUUUGAAGACACUCCGUCAACAGACCCAGGCUCCCCAAAAAUCUGAUGGCCUUCCCAGCGACCCUCGUCUCCAAAAGACUUCUGCCGCCAACCCUUCGGCUCGUCCAGCUGACCCUCGCUUGAUCCGUGAUCCACGUCUGGCACGUGCCACUGAGUCAGCCCAAAUUUCCGACCCCACUCACCCAGCAGCCCCGUCUUCCUCUGGACCACCUGCAGACCCGAGGUUAGCCAGGAUAGCUGCUGCUGCUUCUGCAGUAUCCACCUCACACUCACCUCCUGCUUCUAAGCAAGAACCUCUUCUGGUUUACAAGCCCCCACCACUGACAGCCCCUGCUGCCGAUGAAGAGGAGACAGAGCGAGUUCUGAGGGACAAGCCUGUGCCGAUUCCUCUGGACCCGCUCAUGGGUAUGGCUCUGAGAGACCCCCGCUCCCAGCUACAGCAGUUCAGCCACAUCAAGAAGGAUAUAAUUCUUCACAUGCCAGCAUUUUCAAAAACUGUCACUUGGUCACCUGAAGAUCUUCUUCCGCUUCCUGUCCCUAAGCAGGACCUCCUCCCUCUCCCACCGGGCAUCCCACCAGUGUCCUCCAUAGAUCCACGUUUGUCUCGAGCUCAGCAACAGCUCCAGACAUCAUUGCCUCACUCACAACCUUCUCCCGUACAGCCCCCUCCCUCCAUGGACCCGCCUGCUUCCUCCUCAUCAUCCUCCUCCUCUUCUUCCCUCCCAGACUUUGAGCUGCUGUCACGUAUCUUGAAGACUGUUAACUCCAGUCCAUCCCAAACUCCAUCCCCUCCUCUUGUCACCAACCCCCCUGCCUCUAUGCCACUUUUAGGUCAAUCUCCCCCCAUGUCUUCUGCACCUACAGACAAGCCUGUUGACCCCCGUAUAGCUCGUAAAACUCCAUCUGACCCCCGUCUCCAACCACAGAAGUCAGCACUGAAGCAGCCAUCAGAACCUGUGCCUCCACCUCUUCCCACUACAUCUCCACCAACAUCAUCUUGUUCCUCCCCUCCUACUAUUGCCCCUUAUGACCCAAGACUGCUCUCCUCAGGUGGGGCAGGGCGCAGUAUAGGUGCUGGUGCACCAGGGGGAGCUAGUGUUCUGAGCAACAUUAGUCUGUAUGACCCUCGGACUAAUAAACCUGGUAGCCCUGGUACCAGCAGUGGCUCUAACAACUCCCCAAACUCAGCCAGCACAGAGUCCAAACCUAGUGACCCAUCAACGAUUAAACCCAAGUCUAAAGAGCCCCUGUUUGUUAGAAAGUCUGCAUUGGACCAACCAGAACCAGAGAAAAGUGGAGAGCAAGGGACUGACCGAUAUAACAGCUACAACCGACCUCGGCCUAAGCCUGCACCUUCACCAAACUCCACUGCCCAGGGGGGCGCUGCUGCAGCUGGGGUAGCUGCAGCUGGAGGGCAGGGUGCUCCAGGAGCUGCUGCAGACCAGGGUCCUGCAGGUGUCCACAACCUGCCAGUGUCUUCUCUGUUUGGUGUCGUUAAGCAGGCUGCUAAGCCUGGUGGGACAAGUAGCCCUUUUGGAGGAAACAGCCCAGCGCAGUCUGACCAAGCAGCCACUGAUCUGGAUAACGCCUCACUGAAGGACGUUUUCAAAGGUUUUGAUCCGACAGCUUCACCCUUCUGUCAGUGACCUACCCUGAACCCGCAAAGUUCCUGAUAUGGUGGGGUUGUUUUAAGAUUUACUGAAAGUAUCAUUCGAACGGACAGAAGAUUGCACUGAGGCAAAUGCCUGUAAGACCAGUUACCACAAACCUUUGUGAUCCAAUAAUCAUAUUUCAUGGAUACACGCUGUACCACAGUGUUGUGGAUUCAGACUGUGUAAGAGACUCUUGGGUAAUGGGAAAGGUUUAAAUUUAGAUCUCUAUUUUAAACAAACUUAUUGAUGUAUAAAAAGAUGUAUUCUCCUGUCUCAGACAUCAACAGAAACACAUUUAUAUGGAAUGAAAAUUUUAGCUUCACAUAUUUUUGUUCUUCCUUUUAGCUCCACAGCUCAUUUUUUGAAAAUCUUCUCAUCUUUGUUACUGUUGCACUCGUGUAAAUGAGGGUGGUGUCUAACAUUGGCAGUACUCAUGGCAACAAAUAAUAGGAUGUGACUCUUCUUUUUCCUUUUUUUCCCAGUUCUUCACACCAAAAUAUUGAUUAUUUGUGAUGUUUAUGUAAAUAAACAAACAGCACUGAGGCAAAUGUGAUUAUCUGCCAGAAAGAAACUGCCUCAAUAUCAUUGCUUUUGCGUUCAGUGUUAAGCUUUCUGAAAUAAAAACAAAUUUUGUUUCUCUACAUGUCAUGUUUUGCGGAGAAAGUUGCAAAUAUCUAAACAUAAAUCUAUAUUCUGCUUGAUUUAUUUUUUUUAGUAUUUAUUUUUCUACUUCUUUGCACUGUCAGCUCGUAUUAUUUGAGGCUUGUAUUAAUAUUUUAAUGUGUGUAGCUCCCCCAGCUGUUCAUAUGCAGAUUCAUUUCAGGUAUUUAGCUCUUUCCCAGAACAGGUGAAUUUUCUGUGAUGAGACCUUUCAGUACUGCCUCUGUAACCACUACACCGCUACUGUUCCUUUGUCACAUAUUUACACAACGUUUGCCUUGAUCACUCUUGUUUCUACAUGGAGAGAAGACCUCCAAGUGAACACUUUGUUUUAUUGAUUUGUGACAAUGAAGAGCAUCUAGCUCACUGUGAUUUCUGUGGUUUUAAGAAAGAACAGUUUGCAGAUUUUGCUGCUCAGACUGAAGACAGGCGCAUCACAUCCCUCGCCGGUGAUAGAUAUUAGUUGGUCAUGGUAUCAGUAAUGUUGCAGAGAUGUUUGUUUUUAUUUUCUCUGCUGCCUAAAAGUCUGUCCUGUUUUUAGGCAACCUUGGUUGGUUUGCUUAUUUGUUCUAAGUUAUUUUAACUGUUUUUUUGUUUAUACUAGAAAGUGAUCCGUCAGAGCUUCACUACAGAUAUGAGAGCAGGUAAAGGAAUAAAAGAAUUAGCUGCCUUGUGGUGUGAAUUGAUUUUUUUAAGGUGCUUUCUGGCCCUGUGACAAUCAUAAACUGCAUUUGGACCUAUGUUUUAGUUAUUUUUGUUCUUGCACUGAUAUGUGCAGGUUCCCCCUGAAUUGUCAGUCUGCGCUAAGAGCACCACAUUGAUUAAAUUUCAGUAUUUGAAAGAAAAUCUGAACAGAAACCAAAAGUGGAAAUCUGUAUCAGACUUGCAGAAGUCCAAACUUGAUGAUAUAAAUGUUAAUCUUAGUCUCAGUAAUUCUCAGGAUAUCCAGCACCUCCACUCCCAGUUUCUGCCACAGACUGAUGACUUCAGGGAUAAGUUCAGCGUCUGACUCAUUUAAAGAAAAACCAUGAUUCACAUUUUCACAGACAAAGUAGUGGUUUUAUUCCCCGGCUUGUUCUAAAAUCUGUAAAUGUGAGGUCACCGUGGAGGUUAAGGAAGUUUUGGACCUCCGAAAGGUUAAGAUUGUACAGCAGCUCUCAGGAUCAUUGUCCAUGUCUUGUGUAUAAAUGUUGAUAAUUUUAAUUUAUUUCUUCUUUUUUUAUAUAUAUACUUUCUCACUUAUUUUUUUAACUGGUCAUGAUGUUUGUGAGGAGUUUGUGGUAAUUACUCACCUCAGUGGAUGCAGGCAGUCUAACAUUGUGAGGAGAGAUGCUGAUUUCUUCAUUGGGUUUAAUGUAUCAAGAUUUGGACUAAUAAUAAUAAUAAAAAUUAACUUUUGGCUAUUCUCUGUCCACCCAGUUAAAGGUGCGUCAGGAAGCUGAACUCCAGAUCAGGCAAGUGUGAAAGUUGUUGAUUUGUACUUUUGUUUAUGGCUUUAUUGUUUUCUCACUUUGUAAAUUUGACCAGUAUAUUUUCUUUCAUGGGGGAGUUUUCUAAUUCUACACUGUUGGUGAGGUUGUAUGUAUUUAAAAUAAAGUUGAAUACGUGAUCAACCAGAUAAACGUUGUUUUCUGUUUUUUUA